AUGGCGGCGAUCAGGAGCUGCAAGGGCCUUGUUGCCAUAGUAACAGGUGGGGCCUCUGGCCUGGGUCGGGCUACCGUGGAGAGGCUGGUAAAGCAGGGUGCGUCUGUGGUGAUCGCCGACCUGCCAACAUCAGAGGGAGAGUCUGUGGCUAACACUAUCGGUGGGAACUGUGUCUUCUCUCCAACAGAUGUGUCAAAGGAGUCAGAUGUGUUGGCCACAGUUGCCAAGGCCAAGUCAGAGUUUGGGAAGCUGAACGCAGCCAUAAACUGUGCAGGGAUCGGGGUGGCCAUGAAAACAUACAACUUCAAAAAGAACGCACCACACCCACUGGAAGACUUCCAGCGAGUACUGACAGUAAACACAGUUGGAACCUUUAACGUGAUUCGACUGUCUGUGGCUGAGAUUGCCCAGAAUGAACCCAACGAGGAUGGAGAGAGGGGGGUGAUCAUUAACACAGCCAGCGUGGCUGCUUUCGAGGGGCAGCAGGGGCAGGUGGCUUACUCUGCAUCCAAGGGAGCCAUCGUAGGGAUGACUCUGCCAAUAGCACGAGACUUGGCUGACAAGGGCAUCAGAGUUAACACAAUUGCACCAGGCCUUUUCCUGACACCGUUGCUGAUGAGCCUGCCAGACAAAGUGCGGUCCUUCCUGGCCAAGAUGGUGCCGUAUCCGCAGCGCCUGGGUCACCCAGGGUACGCACACCUCGUACAGUCCAUCAUCGAGAACCCCAUGCUCAACGGAGAAGUCAUCAGGAUAGACGGCGCCAUCCGCAUGCCGCCAUAAUACUGAGAACCAACGGUCAAAUCUUGUUAACAACGGGUAAUUCAUUCUCAGCGGACUGCCUCUUGCAUUAGACACAAACCUCAAGGAGUGGUGAUAGUGUACUUAUGAAGUAUUGUAGUGUCGUGAGAAUUAGAGUUAGCCUUAAAGUAUGCUGUUGUGUCUUGCCGUCCGACAUUUAUAGCAAAAUUAUUGACAUGUAAACAAGCCAACAAAUGUGGUAUGAUGUGUGACAGUACACUGAAUAUUGUAAUGCCUUCUUUGCUGUGAGAUCUACAAGAACUGUCUAGUUAAACUCUGUAACUGCUGCUGUAUAGUGAAGUAUGUCCCACCUUUAUGAUAUGGUGCUGAAAGAAAAAAUUGGGUAUUAAAGGCCUAGGAAAAGUAAUGCUGUUUUUCUG